CUUUUCUUUUUUUUUUUAUUUUUAUAUAUUUUUAUUUUUAUAUAUAUAUAUGUCUACUGAAAUAAAGGAAAAGAUUGAAGUGGAACAUUCUGAAUGUCAUGACCAUUUCAACGAUACUAUUGAAGACAAUUCUCCAAAAGCAACUGUGAUCAAAUCUGAUGCUGAAAAGAUUUUUGUGAAAAAACUUAAUUGGACACUAUUACCUUUUAUUUGGAGUAUUAUCUUUAUUCAAUUUGCAGAUAAAUCAAGUUUAUCUUUGGCUGCUGUUUUAGGUAUGUUACAAGAUACUCAUACAAGUCAAAGUCAAUAUAGUUUUCUUGGAUCAGUAUUUUAUAUUGGUUAUAUCGUAUGGCAAAUACCCAACAAUUAUUUUAUUCAACGACUACCUAUUAGAAGAUAUCUUGGUGUACUUUUAGUUUUAUGGGGUAUCUCCGUUGGAUGUACUGCAUUAUGUCAAAAUUUUACUCAAUUAGUUAUCUGUCGUGUUUUACUUGGUUUAUUUGAAGCUGGUACUUAUCCUUGUCUUUAUAUUGUUCUCAACUCUUUGUAUAGACGUCAAGAACAAAGUGCGUGUUUUGGAUUUUUAUGGAUGUCCAACGGAUCAGGAACUAUAUUUGCUGUAUUGAUUUCUUAUGGUAUUGCUCAUCUUGACGGUGCUCAUGGUAUUGCUGCCUGGAGAUGGAAUUACAUGAUUUAUGGUAUUCUUACCGUGGUGAUUGGUAUCGCCACCUUCUUCUUCAUGGUCGAUAGUCCCCAAUCAAAAUAUUUACGAUUAACAGAAGCAGAAAAAAAGAUUGUUGAAGCUCGUACUCAAGAUAAUGCAGUGGUAAUGGAUCGUGCAGUCAAGGUAUCUCAUUAUUGGGAAGCUGUCAAGGAACCUCGUUACUAUCUUGUUCUUUUGGCUGCCUUUUGUAACAAUCUAAGUAAUUCUGGUCUUGUGGUAUUCAGUACUCCUUUUGUUGCUACACUUGGUUUUACAUCACUGAAUUCCAUUCUUCUUCAAAUCCCAAGUGCCGCUAUCUCUGUCUUAUUUGUAUUAUUGGCAGUGGUUAUUAAUCGAAAAUCAAAGAAUAUGUCUUUACCUACAAUUGUUUGUGGUGGUAUUGCGAUGAUCGGAUGUAUCCUUUUGGCUUGCUUACCUCACACUUCUAUCAAGUUAUUGGGUUAUUAUUUAGCCUGGGGUUUCAAUGGCUCUUAUGUUAUGUUAUUAACCAUCGUAUCUAAUAAUGUUUCUGGUUACUCAAAGAAGAUUUGGUACAACGCUUCAGUGAUGGUGGCCUAUACUGUUGGUGCAUUUGUGGGACCUCUUGUGAUGUUGGACUAUGAAUUCCCUGUUUAUCGUACUGGUAUGAUUAUCUUUGUGAUUGGCAAUUUAUUGGUGGUCUUAUCAGUAUGUACAAUGCUUUAUUUAAUGAAACGUACCAAUAAAAAGCGUGCUCAAAAUACUCAUGGUGAAAAAACGGAUGCUCAUCUUGAUCUUACCGAUAAGCAAGAUAAAAACUUCUUCUACAAGCUUUAGUAUAUCCUUCUUUAGUAUAUUUCCUUUCUUUUUUUGUAUUUUAGAUCAUUAUAUUUGUAGUUUUAGUUUUUCCUUUUUAAUGUACUUAAUUCUUAAUAAAAUGAUCUUUCCUUUUUUUUUCUGUUAA